AUGGUCACAACAUGGCACUCUGAUGGCCAUGAAGUAGGCCACGUGGCUUCUCUGGUGGCCAUGUCCCUCCUCACCGCCUUCUCGCUGUUGGCCAACCUGCUGGUGACGGCGGCGGUGCUAGGAAGCCCGCAGCUCAGGACAACGUGGAACAACUGCUUCGUUCUGAAUUUGUGUCUGACGGAGGCGGCGGCUGCGGUGGUGGUGCUGCCGCUCUCCGUCACCGCCUUCGUCAGCGAGCCCGAAGAGCUGGCCCCGGGGCUCUGCGUCCUUGCGCACUUUUUCCACUCCUGUCUGGUCAACGUCAUUACUUGGACGCUCUGCCUCAUUAGCGUGGACAGCAAAAAGAGUGUGCCUUUGCUUCUUCACUGCUAUAUGUUGUCACUGUUGGCAGGCGAUGAAUUGUGUGUUGUCAGUGUGGAAAAUAAAUUCUUGCCACUGCACGGCACCAGCCUCCGUAAGGCACAGCAUGACAUACCAAUCGCUGGCAGGCACUACUUGAUCCUGAUGCCCAUGACACACGCUGCGGAGGUGACGCUGUUCCGGGCGCUGGUGGCGAUCCUGGUGGUGUGGGUCGUCAGUGUUCUGCCUGCGGGUUACCUGAUCGUCACUGCAGAGCCAUGGCGCGGGGGAACCGUGUGCUGCGCGUGGGGCCUGGGUGUGUCCUCGUCCAACACGGGUUACGUCCUGACUGUGGCACUCCUGGAGUUCCUAAUCCCUGCCCUCACUAUGCUCUCCAUGUACGCGUCUAUUUUCAGGGUCGCCCGACGUGCGGUGCGGCGCGUGGUUCCCGUGACAACUCAAGUACGAACCAUCAGCGAGAGAGUGACGAACAAGGAAGAGCCUCUCGUCGCCAAGAGCAUCUUCUCCCUCCUCCCGGCAGUCCAGGGAACCGCCCUUCCCUUGGGCAAGGACGCCGUGGGGAAAACGAACGCAAGCGACCGUGCGACGGAGCAGGCCAGGGGAGGCGUCUUCGGGCUGGUGUCGCCGUUUCUGGGCCACGAGGCUAAGAAACCGGCGUCCGUUUUAACGCCGAUAGACGGGCUCCUGGACAGCGUGACGUGGGUGGCCCGCACGCCUACGCCCACCUCGCCCUCCACCUCCGCCACGCUCAUGCUCACCGCCUCGGCCUCCUUCGCGGAAUCCUACCCCAAGGCGAAGCUCGGGAAAAUGGUCAGUGGCAGGAUGCGCUUUAACUCGGCCUUUUUAUUCUGCCUCAAAAACAUCCACUUGUGGAUGGAGAGGUUUAGAUACUGAUCAGAUCUAAUUCGCAGAGAACGAUUCG